UUUAAUUCUGCACGCUAGAGACUAAAGCUUGUUGAUAGCUAGAACCGGGCGCCGCUAGCUCAAUUCGGUCCGCAAAUAUUUUCAAAAAGUUCGUCAGUGGAGAGUGAAAUCUGGGAAGUGUUGGUGUUACAUUCAUCUUGUCCUUUGAAAAGUCGCGUUUUUUGGAUCUAAACAUGUUUUUGAGAACGGUUUGUCGCGCUCAAGGUGCGAAGGCAUUCCAUCAAAAUGCAAACGUCCGUUUUUUGGCCACCCAGGUUGAAGCUGCAAAGGACAAUCCUCGUUCGAGUAAUUUUCAGAAUGAUUAUGCAAAGGCGAUACACUUCUCCAAAAUACCAGGUCCGUCGAAGUUUGUGUUCUUAAGAUCCCUCAUGCCCGGAGGGAAGUACUAUAAAAUGGAGUUUGUCGACAUGAUCAAAAGGCAAAGAGAGGAUUAUGGGGACCUUUUCCGAUUUCCUGGAUUAUUUGGUGGACCAGAAAUACUUUUUUCUUUUGACCCAAAUGAUUUCGAAACUAUAUUUCGGACGGAAGGGUACUGGCCGGACCGCAUAGUGCUGCAGACUAUGAUCUACUAUCGAUCCAAAGUACGUCCUGAUAUUUUCGGCAAAUAUUCCGGACUUGGAAAUGCGCUAGGCAAAGAGUGGGCAGAGUUCAGGACAGCUGUAAACCCUGCAAUGGCUCAACCAAAGAAUACCAAAAUAUACAUCCCAAAAGUUGAUGCUGUUGCUGUAGACUUUGUGAAAAGAAUACAUAGUAUCCGUGACCCAAAAACGAGCCAAGUUCCGGAGAACUUUGAGGAAGAGUUGAGCAGGUGGGCAUUUGAAUCAAUAGCUCUAAUUGCAAUGGAUACACGCCUUGGCUUGAUAUCCGGCAAGCAUGACGGAAGAAGUGAGAGAUUGAUUCAGGCGUCAAAGGAUGCAGCUCGCCUACUUUUCAAUAUAGAAGUGAAACCAGCAUUAUGGCGAAUCGUUAGAACUCCGAAUUUCCGGAAGCUCAUGAAAGCUUACGAUACAAUUACAAAUUUAAGUAGUGAAAUCGUGGAAGAAGCUAGAACGAGGUUGGAUGAAGUUGGUCAAGGACCACGUGAUGAAGGUGAACUGAGCGUAUUCGAAAAAUUGCUUAAAAUUGAUCCUCUUAUUGCGAAGAUCAUGGCCAUGGAUAUUCUUUUCGCAGGUGUCGAUACGACCACCGCCUCAUUUACUGGCCUUCUCUACCUUCUAUCUAAAAACUUGGACAAACAGGAAAUAUUAAGAAAGGAAAUUAUGACGAUAUUGCCCGAGAAAGAGUCACCACUAACUGUUCAAAACAUGAAACACCUUCCCUAUCUACGAGCUUGCAUCAAAGAAAGCCUGAGAGUUCAGCCACCUGUCAAUGGACUCGUUCGAAAUGCUGGUCAGAACAUUAUACUCAGCGGGUAUCAAAUACCAAAAGGAACAACAGUUUUGAUGAGCGCAUUCGUUCUACAAAAAGAAGAUAAAUACUACCCAAAUGCAGACAAAUAUGAGCCAGAAAGAUGGUUGAAGAGAGAUGGUACUCCCGCACCGGCUAAAUCCGCACAUCCCUUCAUAUUUUUACCUUUUGGAUAUGGUCCCCGCAUGUGCAUUGGAAGACGUUUCGCAGAGAUGCAAAUAGAAACUUUAAUAGUGAGAAUCCUACGAGAUUUCCAGGUGGAAUGGCAUCACCCCGAUUUGAAGUUUACAAUGAAAAGCGCUAAUGUGCCUGAUGGCAAUCUAACUUUCACCUUUAAAGAUAUUGUCAACUGAAAUGUGUCAUGUGUCAUUGCGUAGUUGAUGUUUUGGAAUUUAUUCUCGCAAAUAACAAAAUGUUCUUUGAUAUUUCCUAAAUAUAUUCAUUGCUAAUUUUAAACA